UCUUUUAUUAACAUUUUUUUUGUUUGUUGUAAGCAAUAAGCUCAUUGUUUUUCCUGUCACUGUUUAAAUCCCCUUUCUGUAGAGUUAGAAAUAAGAAGACGAGAGGAUGAGUACAGAUUCACAAAGCUGCUUCAGAUUGCCGGGAUCAGUCCUCAUGGUAAUGCAUUAGGUGCAUCCAUGCAGCAACAAGUAAACCAACAGUUGCCUCAGGAGAAGCGAGGAGGCGAUGUGCUCGAUUCUAACCAUGAUGACAUCAAGCUGGAGAAAAGCAACAUCUUAUUGCUGGGACCUACUGGCUCUGGUAAAACACUUCUAGCACAAACAUUAGCAAAAUGUUUGGAUGUGCCCUUUGCUAUAUGUGACUGUACCACCCUAACCCAAGCUGGCUAUGUGGGAGAGGACAUUGAAUCUGUAGUUGCCAAACUGCUUCAGGAUGCAAACUAUAAUGUAGAAAAGGCACAACAAGGGAUUGUAUUCUUAGAUGAAGUUGAUAAAAUAGGCAGUGUUCCUGGCAUCCAUCAACUUAGAGAUGUUGGAGGAGAAGGUGUACAGCAG